AUGAAUGAAUUACGGGAAUUACGUCAAAGGAUGACUUUGUUACCAGCUUCGAUUCAUAAUAAAGAAACAGUCGACGUCGUCUUAAUUCUAAAUACUGCUACAGAUACCGAGUUAGCUCAACGAUCGUUACUUUUGAGUCAGAAUCGCCUACAUUACUACAAUUUUUGGUUUUUUUCGUUACUUGUGCGAUCUCCGAAUGACAGUUCUGUAAGGAUAUAUGAAUCCCAGGACCCAAACCUCAAAGACUGGGCAGUGAUCGAAUUUUUCAAUAACAUUUAUGAUGUUGGAUUUCUCGGCAAAUGGAGGUGGUUAGAUCGGAAAUUUAAUGACUAUGAUGUGAAUCACGAGGAACUUUCAAAGCUCCCUGAUUAA